CCUUGAUCAUCCGUGAACCAUAACUACUAGCUAGUAGUUAACUAACUAGUUGUGUAUGGUAGAGAACCGCUGUCAUCGACUUAAUAGGAAAGAUUCUGUCUCUCUGGAUAUCAUCCCAGAAUUCAAGGCAGGUGAUCCAUAACAGUUAGUCACCGCCAAAGAACUUCUCACAGGGUUGUCGAUCUCGUGAAACCUUUACCAGAAACGCCUAUCAUAAGAACCAUAACUGCAUACUAAACAUGCCAAACUUCCAAAUCAUCCACUUCAUUCCCCCGUCUCGCGAAGCCGUUAUCCUCAAUAGCCCUGUGCAUAGCAUCACCGCAGUACCUCACACCCAGACCGCCGGCACCAACCACUGGUGUCUCUAUCUCGCAACAUCUGACACAACCUCCGUCUGCAUUGAUUGCCAGCCAAGUCAUACAGUCCCAAGCACAGUUCUCCAUGGUGGCUCCAAAGGAUUCAUAGCUAUUUCAGAGCUUCCAUAUCUAUGGGCACCGGAUGCUCAGACCCAGUUCGAACUCCAUGUUCCUCCGAACCUGAAGGUCAAGGACGUCUAUAAUCUCCUCAUUCAAAAUGACCGCCACAAAUACGAAUUUGACUCUGCGGGUGUCGGAUGCAGGUAUUGGGUUACGGACCAGCUUGGUCUGCUUCAGCAUCAGGGGUUACUUGUCGAUCUGAAGGAAGUAACGGCUGCAAAGAAUGGAAUCGUACUCUUGUGGCCAGAUCAGACACCUCUGCCGCUUGAUCAGGGGGCUUAUUAUCAGUGAGGGCUUGGUUAUAGCCUGGAGCCGAAUUCAUAUCGAGGAUUACUAUCGGCACUCCAGUCAACACUCAAGCUUACAAGUAAUCACCAUUAUAUACCCAUGAUAGCAUCGUUUCCCGCUGGUUGAAGCUGGGAAUAGAUGACAGCGGGAUUGUAA